GGGCUGCGAGCAGGAAGUGGGAGUUGAGGAGGCCGUAGGCGGGCUGGCGGGAGGGCUGCAGCUGCCACUUUGGGAAGUCGCCACCACUGCUUUGGGCACCUGGGGAAAUGGAAGGCCCGGGACUGGGAUCCCAGUGCAGGAAUCACAACCAUGGACCCCACCCUCCAGGAUUUGGUCGACAUGGCAUCUGUGCACAUGAGAACAAAGAACUUGCAAAGGCAAAAGAAAUUCUUCCUCUUAUAGAGGACUCCAGUAACUGUGACAUUGUGAAAGCUACUCAAUACGGAAUUUUUGAACGAUGCAGAGAAUUGGUAGAAGCAGGAUAUGAUGUCAGGCAACCAGACAAAGAAAAUGUGUCGCUUCUUCAUUGGGCUGCUAUUAACAACAGGCUGGAUCUUGUAAAGUUUUAUAUUUCAAAAGGUGCUGUUGUAGAUCAGUUGGGAGGAGAUUUAAAUUCAACUCCUCUUCACUGGGCCAUCAGACAAGGGCAUUUAGCUAUGGUCAUAUUAUUACUAAAGCAUGGUGCAGACCCCACUCUCAUCGAUGGAGAGGGAUUCAGCAGUAUCCACCUGGCAGUGUUAUUUCAACACAUGCCUAUUAUAGCAUAUCUUAUCUCAAAGGGACAGAGUGUGAAUAUGACAGAUUUAAAUGGGCAAACACCACUCAUGUUAUCAGCUCACAAAGUACUUGGGCCAGAACCAACUGGAUUUCUAUUAAAGUUCAAUCCUUCUCUCAGUGUGGUUGAUAAAAUACACCAAAACACUCCACUUCACUGGGCAGUUGGAGCAGGAAAUGUUAACGCAGUUGACAAACUUUUGGAAGCUGGUUCUAGCCUGGAUAUCCGAAAUGUUAAGGGAGAAACACCUCUUGAUAUGGCUCUACAAAGCAAAAAUCAGCUCAUUAUUCACAUGCUAAAAACAGAAGCCAAAAUGAGAGCCAACAAAAAGUUGAGACUUUGGAGGUGGCUACAGAAAUGUGAGCUCUUCCUGCUGCUGCUGCUUUCUGUGAUUACCAUGUGGGCUGUUGGAUACAUACUGGACUCCAAUUCAGAUUCUUGGCUUUUAAAAGGAAGUCUUCUAGUAAUAAUGUUUUUUCUGACAUCUUUGUAUCCAAGGAUGUUGGUUGGAUAUAAAAGCCUUAUAUACUUACCAACAGUCUUUCUGCUAAGUUCUGUUUUUUGGAUGUUUAUGACUUGGUUUGUCUUAUUCUUUCCUCAUUUAGCAGGCACCCCUUUCUACUUCAUUUACAUUCUCAGCAUAGUAGCCUUCCUCUACUUUUUCUACAAGACUUGGGCUACUGAUCCAGGCUACACGAAGUCUUCUGAAGAAGAAAGGAACAUGAAUAUCAUCUCCCUUGCAGAGACAGGCUGUUUGGACUUCAGAACAUUUUGUACAUCAUGUCUUAUACGGAAGCCAUUAAGGUCCCACCAUUGCCAUGUAUGCAACUCCUGUGUGGCUCGAUAUGAUCAACACUGCCUGUGGACUGGACGGUGCAUAGGCUUUGGCAACCAUCACUAUUACAUAUUCUUUUUAUUUUUCCUUUCUGUCGUGUGUGACUGGAUUAUAUAUGACUCUUUUGUCUAUUGGUCCAAUCAUUGCACCACAACGUUCAAACAAGAUGGAUUAUGGACCUACCUCAAUCAGAUUGUGGCCUGUUCACCUUGGGUUUUGUAUAUCUUCAUGCUGGCCGUUUUCCACUUCUCAUGGUCAACAUUUUUGUUAUUUAAUCAGCUGUUUCAGAUUGCUUUUCUUGGCUUGACCUCCCAUGAGAGAACCAGCCUGAUGAAACAGAGCAGGCAUAUGAAACAGACCUUGUCCCUCAGGAGGACACCAUACAACCUUGGAUUUACUCAGAACCUUGCAGAUUUCUUUCAGUGUGGCUGCUUUGGCUUGGUGAAGCCCUGUAUGGUAGAUUGGACAUCACAGUACACCAUGGUCUUUCAUCCAGCUAAAGAGAAAGUUCUUCGUUCAGUUUGAAGAAAAGUACCCAAACGCUCACUCUGACUUGUUUUUGUUUAUAACGAUGCCUUGUGGUCCAAAAAUGAAGUGACUUAAGGUUCCCUUAAGCCCAAAGGAAAACACAGGUGGUUUUAAAAGCCAUUUGGGGAAAACAAGUUCUCAAGAAAGGCAUUGCACCUUUUUAGAUUUGGCAAGAUGGAUGAUGUUGGCACCCAUCUAAAAAACGUUUAUAUUUUUCACCAGAAAAUACAAGUUCCUUUUUUUGGAGAUGAUAUUCCCUAAUUAUGGAUAAAAUGGAAUAUUUUCAGAUACUGUAUUGGCUGUUUCAAAAUAGUUCUAUUCUUUAAACUUGUAAUUUUUGAUAAAUUAUUUGU